AUGAGCGGUAUAGGUGACAAGAACCAAUUUCGUAUCAUUGUAGGCUCAUACGAGCACAACAUCUUAUGUUUAUCCUUAGAUAUUCCAACGCAAAAGGAAAACGAUGCGGCAAAGACACCACAUUUUAUACCAAUAUUUCAUUUUCAAGCUCAUUCGUUGAGUAUCAAAUGUUUAGCCGUUUCUAGAAGAUACUUAGUUUCCGGAUCCAAUGACGAACAUAUCAGAAUUUAUGAUUUGCAAAAGAGAAAGGAAUUAGGUACGUUGUUAAGCCAUCAGGGUUCUAUUACUGCUUUGCAAUUUUCGCACCCUGCUUCUUCCAGUGAGGAUGCUACCGUUGCAAGGGGAAGUAAGAACAGUAAAUGGCUAUUAUCAGCAUCAGAAGACCACAAGAUUAUGGUUUGGAGAGUAAAGGACUGGGAGACGGUGGGAACGUUAAAAGGACAUACAGCAAGAGUUAAUGAUGUGGAUAUCCACCCCACUAACAGAAUUGCCAUAAGUGUUAGUGAUGACCAUUCUAUACGUCUUUGGAAUUUGAUGACUCUGAGAAAUGCUGCUGUGCUAAAACUAAGAAAAUAUAAUACAAACGGGACUUGUGUUAGAUGGUUAGGCGCGAAAGGUGAUUACUUUGCAGUUGGUUUAAGAGAUAGGGUCCUUAUUUAUGAAACAGGAUCAGCGAAAGUGUUUAAAGAAAUAACCCUUGACAGAAAAACUCUUAUGCAUAUUGAGACACAUAUUUUACCAUUCGAUAAUAAGGAAUACCUUUCUGUUGGUGUUAGUGAUGGUAAUGUUCAUUUCUAUUCUUGUGAAGAGUUAUUCGAAAAAGUUGAAGAAAAUGGAAAGCAGGAAGAUGUUGACAAUAAGGAGAAAAUCGAUCCCUCUUUUUCUUUAUUGGGCCACACAAAUCGUAUCAAAGAUUUCAAGUUCUAUACUAAUGAAUUUGGUACUUACCUAGUUACCAUUGGUUCUGACGGUAAGAUUGUUGUAUGGGAUAUGUCUACAAAAGAACAAGUAGCAGUAUACGACUGUGGUGAAAGGCUGAAUUGUUUAACAUUAUGCGACGAAAGCAUCGAGAAAUACAGUACAAUGAAGAAGAGAGAUGCUGAAACAGCUGAAAUAGGUGAACAAAGUGAAGUGGAGAGUGAUACCGAAGAAUUAAAGAAGAUAAUGUUUGGUGAAAAGAAGAAACUCAAUAAAAAGAAGCAGAAGCAAUCGAAGAAGGGCAAAGUGAUAGUUUAUCUUAAUCGUUCAAGACGAUAUGAAGUUUUGUCUUUAUUAUUGUCAUUGUUAUUGUUAUUUGUGGAAAGGCCACACAUUAUAGCAGGUAGGUUGUCAAAGCCACAACAAAUUGUAAAAUCGUCAAACAAAGUAUCUAUGAGGAACCCCAUGUCCCCUUCGGAACAACACUCGCAACAUAACUCCACAUUGGCCGCCUCACCGUUUGUUUCUAACGUAUCUGCAAGGACACAACAAAGUUUACCGACCGAUGCUCAGAGUGAUCAUUUACAGCAACCCUGGAACAGAACCAAUACGGCUACCAGUCCAUAUCAGUCACUAGCAAAUAGCCCUUUAUUACAGAAAUUGCAAGCGAACAUCAUGACCCCGCACCAGCCAUCUGCCAAUCCCAAUUCCAUCACGGGCAAUCCUGCAAAUGACAACAACUUGUUAGCGUCCACGUCUAAGAAUAGUAUGUUCGGUUCUACGAUACCGUCCACAUUAAGAAAAGUGAGUUUACAGCGCGAGUAUAAGGAUUCGGUUGACGGUACGCUUGAUGAUGAUGAUAAUAAUGAUGACGAUGACCACAACAAUGGCGAUACAGCUGUGAAUACUAAUAAUGACCGAGAGAGUAAACUAGGGCACAAUGGGCCACUCACGACUACAACAUUAACGACAACAACGACAGCAACUCAACUAGAUGUUUCUGAAUUAUCUGCUAUAGAGAGGUUAAGGCUUUGGAGGUUCGACGCGUUGAUGCAGCAUAUGUAUAGAACAGCGGAAUAUAUUGCAGAUAAGGUGUAUACCAUAUCAAACGACCCUGAUGAUGCCUUUUGGCUGGGCCAAGUAUACUACAAUAAUAAUCAGUACGUAAGGGCUGUGGAACUUAUUACCAGAAACAAUUUGGAUGGCAUUAAUAUCCUAUGUCGAUAUUUGUUAGGACUUUCCUUUGUCAAAUUACAGAGAUUUGAUGACGCUCUGGACGUCAUAGGCGAAUAUAAUCCAUUCAGUGAGGACCCAACUACAACGGCUGCAAUUGCCACGAACAAUAAUGGCAGUAAUAGCACUACUUCGCAGCCAAUUACUGACGGCGGCAUAAAAAUGGAGUCAUCAUUAUGUUUUCUGAGAGGUAAAAUAUACUUUGCACAAAAUAAUUUCAGUAAGGCAAGGGAUGCACUUCGUGAGGCGAUUUUGGUAGAUAUCAAAAAUUUUGAAGCUUUCGAAAUGCUCUUGUCCAAGAAUCUGCUAACUCCUCAGGAGGAAUGGGAAUUGUUCGACUCUUUGGAUUUCAAAGAAUUUGGGGAAGAUAAAGAAAUUAUGAAGAAUCUUUAUAAGAUCAACCUAUCCAAAUAUAUCAACACGGAUGAUAUAACGAAAUCCAAUGAGAUCCUAACGAAGGAAUACAAAUUGGCUGACAAUGUGGAUGUCAUAAGAAGUAAAGUGGAUAUUUGCUAUACGCAAUGCAAAUUCAACGAAUGCUUAGAGUUAUGCGAGACCGUCUUGGAAAACGAUGAAUUCAAUACGAAUAUCUUGCCAACAUACAUUGGAUGUCUAUAUGAAUUGUCAAAUAAGAAUAAGCUUUUCCUUCUAUCACAUCGAUUGGCAGAAACUUUUCCAAAGUCUGCAAUAACAUGGUUUAGUGUCGCCACCUAUUAUAUGAGCUUGGACAGAAUUAGCGAAGCACAGAAAUACUAUUCUAAAUCAUCAAUAUUGGAUCCAAGCUUUGCUGCCGCAUGGCUCGGGUUUGCACAUACAUAUGCCUUGGAAGGUGAACAAGAUCAAGCAUUAACAGCAUACUCUACAGCUUCCAGAUUCUUUCCUGGAAUGCACUUACCAAAACUAUUCCUCGGAAUGCAGUUUAUGGCAAUGAAUUCAUUAAAUUUAGCAGAAUCUUACUUUGUUCUGGCAUAUGAUAUUUGUCCGAACGAUCCGUUAGUACUCAAUGAAAUGGGUGUAAUGUACUUUAAGAAGAACGAAUUUGUCAAAGCCAAGAAGUACUUGAAGAAGGCGCUGGAAGUGGUGAAAGAUCUUGAUCCAAGUUCAAGGACAACAAUAUCAAUCCAAUUAAAUUUAGGUCACACUUAUAGAAAGUUGAAUGAGAACGAGAUUGCUAUUAAGUGUUUCAAAUGUGUCUUGGAGAAAAAUGAUAAAAAUUCAGAAAUACAUUGUUCAUUAGGAUAUUUAUAUUUGAAGACGAAAAAAUUACAAAAGGCCAUCGAUCAUUUGCACAAAUCAUUGUAUCUGAAGCCUAAUAAUGCAUCUGCGACAACGCUAUUGAAAAAUGCCCUAGAGCUAAACGUGACGUUAUCAUUGGACUCCAGCCACCCGCUAAUUGACAAGUCGAAUCUAAUGAGUCAGGCAAGCAAGGACAAGGCUUCCAUUAAUAAAAAAAGAUCUUCAUUGGCUUACGACCCUGCUAACAUGGCUAAAAGGUUGAGAACACAAAAGGAGAUCAUUGACCUAAAUAACAAAGCUCUUAAGAAGGGGGCUGGCGACAGCAAAAGUGGCAAUAAUAAUGUCGAUGAUGACUGUGAUGCAGAUAUGGAACUAGAAUGA